AUGUCCACUACAAUUCAUGAUGCUCAACAAUUUUUACAAAUUUUCCAAUUCAAUGAUUAUUUAAUGUAUAUAAAUUUCAAGUUUUCUGAUGAUGAUCCUGAAUUAAAAGAACAAAAUGACUUUUUUGAAGAAAUAGCUACUAAAUAUAAUGGUCCCAAAAUUGCAUUUUAUAAUAUAAAUUUUAAUGAUGUUAAAGAUACACACAAUAUUCAAAGAAGAUUUACUGAAACUCCGAAAGAAUUAUAUGAUGAUCCAUUUAUUGCAAUUUAUUCUAAAUAUACUUAUAGAGGUGCUAUUAAAACACAUAAUAAAGAUCAUGUCAAAAAUUUAUUUAACGAUAUUGACUAUAAACUAUCGUAUCUAUAA